AUGAUUGACUUGAAUAUUGCGCCAGUCGACACCAAGAAUGACCUCUUUAAGUACAAUUUAGUUUAUUUCGUCCUUAUCGAUAUUCUCAAUGCAGAAAGUAGUACAGCUUUUUUUUGUGAAACUGAUUUGUUUCGCACAGCUCAUGUGAAGAAGCGGAAUUGUUAA